AAAAGGUUUUUUUUUUGUUGGUGGGCAAAGUCGACUGUGGCGCCGUCGACGAGUCAGCGUCGAACCGGUGUUUCCGACGCAUUCCUGGGCCAAAGAAAGAUACACGUCGUCGCCCCAAAACGCAGCGCCGCGCCGUGCCGUUACGUUCAUCCGUUCCGUUCACAUAAGCAAGCAGCAGCAGCAGCAGCGCAACUCGCGGUCAAAUCCGACACCUCUGCGAAGCCUGCUGCUUGCACUGCCUUUGCACGCGGUUCAUUUCCUUCCAACAACAACAAACUAAUAUUAUUAGUCGAUUCCCUUCAUUCUAGUGCCAAAGGACCUUUGGGCAAAAUCGCGUUUCUUUGCUUGGAAAAAAAAAAAAAAGGAUUGAGCUACGAAUUGCCGCCGUAAGGGAAUCGACGUGCGGUGUCGUCAGUUGUGGUGGUGCGACGUGGGGCGAAAGAAGUGGCGGAUCCUCUCGGGGCGGCGAUUUUUCCGGCGAAGCGGCGGAAUUCGUCCGCACGGCUGGACGGCGGCGCUCGUGUCGCUUCGGUACGCCUCGUCGAUGAGUACGUGCUUUUGGAUGGAUAGCGACGCACAUACUGCAUAGGUGGCGUUUGUGUGCCGUGAAUCAGGGAACGUCCUGAAAUUUGUAUACCAAUGUCAUGGCAAAUCGUGAAAAGAAACUAACCGCAGGCAGAAAGCAAACAUCUGCCUCACCUAUACAAUUGAAGGAAGAAGCCGAAGAAGAAACGUCCUCACCAUUAUCGAAGGGUCAGGAAAAGGAGGAGACGCCCGGUACGUCGUCUUCGUCGUCGGCAGUGCAGCAAACCCCGAGACUGGUAAACAAAAAGGCGGCUCUGAAGCGUAAAGACACUAGAAAGAUUAAGAAGAAGACGUUCAAGAUCAGCUUGAAAGCUAAGACGAAGAACAGUAAAUUCGCUAAGCUCGCAGUUAUUGCUAAGGGUGGUAAAGGCGUGAAUGUGAAGAAGCUGAAUAACGGCGUUGCGAAGACGAAGAUCAUAAGGAAACGGGGAACGUCGAAGAGUAAUGAUCAGCCGCCCGUUCUGGAGCCGAUCUACACGCAAGUGAAUAAAUCUGGAAAGAAGAGGGCUCCGGUGUUGAGGAGCGAAGGACCUUCAACAGUAUCGGAGACAAUUGAGUCUAUAGUUACACAAUUCAGCGGCAGCACAAGGAGAAGAGCGCAGUGCAAAACAAUGAAGAAGGACAGUUUAGAUACGGUGUCAGAGUGCAUCGAGGACGUCGUGAAUGAUGCGACUUACAUCAAAGAGGAGGACAUCAAAAAGGAGAUCGACGAAGAUCUGACGAAGACCCCGCCGAAGAAAGCGAACCUGAGGAAAUCGAAAAUCGAGAGGAAAGUGAAGAAGGAGAACAUCGAAAACACACUAGGUCCCACCGACAUGUCGGACAGCAACGUGAUAGAUAUGCUCGACCUGAAUGUGCGUAACGUGAAGAGCAAGACGAUCGAGCAGAGGAGACACAGCAUAGAGAAGAUCCAGAUCACAAAUCCCGAUGGUAAAUCGAAUCCGCACACGUCGCUGUUCGGCGGCGCGCCUCGCCGCAGCGUAAGUCCGAAAAUAAAGAGGCCGGCGAAGACGAGAAGUCUGGACGCUAAGAGAGCGAGUCCGUACAAUACACGUCUCGAGCAACCAGCUCGACUGCUCAGGAACGGAAAGCAGAGGAAACUGAAGAAACUGUUGGACGGUUUGGAAGGAAGCGGUGCGAAGAAACGGAUACGCAGCACCGGUUCCGAGCACAGCGGCAGCGAAGUGUCCUUCUUCCAAUUGUCUGGAUGCGAAUCGGACAGCAGUUUCUCGGAUCUUGCCUCGACGCAGGGCUGCGAGAACCGCGACAGUCUGGACAUCAAGGAUAUGCUCAUCAAGAAGGAGAUCCUGGAGACGAUAGAGAACAACGCGCCGGACAUCGUCAACAAGGAGCUGCCGAAUUACACGCAGAUCCUGAAGCGAAGCAUGUCCUCGGAAACCGGUGUUAAAAGUAAAGAGACGAGUGAUGCGAACACGAUAGACACCAACUCUAAUCUCUGCAUUGAGGUGACUAAAGAACAAGCGAGUGUUAAAUCGGAAGUGGCUUCUCCGGAUGAAGCGAAAGUGGCCGAGAAGAACAUAAUCUUAGAUAUAAUGAAGCAGACUUUCAAUGAUGACGUUGUGAAAGACAAAGACGAGACUGAUAAAAGGAAAACGCGUUCGUCGUACAAGAAGACUAGUGCGAAAGAGGCUGACGAAGAGGUCGCAGUUCCGGCGACGUCCUCCGCAAUUGUAUUGAAGGAGAUCGAAAUAAGGGAGAUCGUAGUCACAGAGGACAAAUCUCCGGUCAAUGACGAAGUCAAGAGGACGGAUAUCGAGGUAGAGGAGCAAGAAUUGGAGGAAGUGCCGGAGCUGGUGGUGGAGGAAGAGGACGAAAAUAUGGUUCUCGACGAGAAGGAAACCAAAGAAAACGAAGAAAUGCAAGUCGAGGAAAACGUCGUCGUCGCCACAAUUAGUUCUGCGAAUAGCGAGACCGAGAACAGCGAGGACGUGAAGGCGGAGAUCGUGGAGACUCCUGAGAAUCUGCUGAAGAAGGCGGAAAUACUGAAGGCUCUCGGUCUGCAGAGUUCGCAGGCGGCCGCGGAGAAGGACAAAUCCCGUAAAGUAGUUCCUAAGACAAACGCCUACACGGGUACAUUGAAAACGGUGAUAAAAUUGAAUAGGUGCGAGAAGAAGAAGCGGAAUUCCCUGAAGAUGACGCUCCAGAAGAAGGGAAAAUCCGCUGGCAAGGACGACGAUCUGGUUAAAAGCGUCGAGGACGAGUACAAGAUUAUGAAGGACGGACAUUCCACUUCUUGGAAAUCACAACACGGGGGACAAUCUUCGGAUACAGCUGGUGCGCAGCGCAAAUCACACUAUAUUAAUCGCUCUAACAUGGAUGGUAGCAGCGAGCACACAUCGGAUGGAGAUAAUCCGGUCAACGAGGAUGACGCCACGAAGAGUUUGGUCAUACCGGAGAAGGCGAGUUCGUUCAGCAUCCAUCCCGACAGGCUGUGCAAGGACGAGUGUUCGUAUUGUUUCGGAAAGUUUGGCCUGUUCGAUACUCCGUGCCACAUCGCCCAGAUGAAGAGCAUAGAUAGGCAGAACAAGAUAUUAUCAACGGAGAAACACUUGACGAGAGAUUCGUGUCUGUGCGACGCUUGCUACAGGCAUGUAGAUAGGAAGUCGAAUAUGCCGUCCUACGGUGGUAACAAAGCGAUUAAACGGAAGAUGCCUUUGGUGGCGCCUGGGCCGAAGCAGAAUCAUUGCCACGUUUUGGGUUGCGGAAGGAUCUCCACGAAGAUCCUGCGCAGGAAAUGGUUGAUGAAGAUGAAGAAGUCCGUGUGUCAAGUGAUUGACAUCGAUUUGAAUAAUUUGGGGUUGCAUUCGAUUCCAAUUUGCGAGGAUCAUUACUCUGCGAUUGCCCAUCUGAUGGAUUGCGCGAUGUGCAAGAGACGUCUCGCACGUAACCACAUCCAUUAUUUAGGAGCCGAAGCCAACGAGGUGAACGGCGCGCUGACGGAGAUCGGAAUUCCGGUCAAUCUCAACGACAGACUCGUCUGCAAAUUGUGUCGGUACUUUGCGACUCUGAUCCUGAAAGCGGAGGACGAAAGACCGGAGAAUAGUCAAAACUUUUACACUGAAUAUAAACGCAGGUUGCUGCAUUUCCAUAAUAUCGAGUUAAUGGAUGAUGCGCAGGCGGAGGAGCCGAUUCCCGCGCCGACGAAGGAGAAGAACGACGCGAAGAAACGGAAGAUUAUGAGUAAAAGUGAUAACAGCAGCAACUCGGAGCCUCCGGUGUUGGAGCCGCAGGUGGUGCUCGGUAUUGGAAAGGAAUCAUCCUCCUCAGGAUCGCUGGUGAUGGCCGGCGAGUCCCGUCCAGACAGUCCGAACGAUUACAUGGUGGACUACAAUACGCUUAUACCGAAUAUCGCGUUGGAGUGCGGCGGCAACGAUCUGCAGGUGACGCGCAAGGAAGUGCCCAAAACGAACAGCAGCAUCUCGAUAAAGCGGAUCAGUGGUAAAUCGAUGGAGAGUGCGAUGGACAAGUCAAAGUCGAAGAAUAAAAGUGAUAUAGCCGUGCAGAGGCUCGGCUCGAACCCGUCGAUCUCCGUUCGCCAGUUGUUCCCCGGCGAAGAGGAACUUCAGCUGAACGCGAUCAUCGAGUUCAACAACGUGAAGGAGAGGACUCCCGAAGGAUGGGAGAAGUGCGUUUCCACCAUACAAUACGAUCCGGACAUCAAGAUGCUGUGGCAGGAAUUGCAGAAACCGUACGGCAACCAGAGCAGUUUCCUGCGGCAUCUCAUCCUGCUGGAGAAGUACUUCCGCAACGGCGAUCUCCUGCUGUCACCUACAGCGAGUCAUCACUCUGUGAACUACACGGAGUCCGUCCAGAACAGACUCAGGGCUUACGACAACAUUCGCACCGUCAAUCCUCAACCGCUUCCCACUUCGAAACCCACGAAGAAGUACUCGUUACCUGCCGAACCGACGAUCACGUCGCCUGUGAAGAUACCAACGCCGCCUCCGCCUCCACCACCUACGUCCGAUCAACCAUCGCAACCAGCGAAACAACCUCUGAUUCAAUUGGACGCUCCAAGCAGCGGCUUCCUGGUUCCCAGUACGGCGGCGCAGAGCGCUCUCACGAUUGCACCCUCGACAUCGGUGGUGGCCACAACGCAGAGUCGACCUAAGCUACCUCCCGGUUUGAUAUCGCUGCAGCCGGGCACGAAGAUCCCGGUGAACAGCUCCCGCCAGAAGAUCAAGUUCCCCAUUAUGAAGGACUGGCGUCCGAAUCUGAUUCCGAUCGAUCCCUCGCAAACGUACGAGAAGAAGCCUGGUCUCGUGCAGGUGAUCUCCGGCGGGAAACCCUACCACAUAGCGCUCGAGGACUACAAGAAGAUGUGCGCGAUCAAGCACAAAUUCGACUUGCAUCAGAAACGCAAGCACCAGAGACCCACAGGUAACGUGAACUCGCUGCUGAAGAGUUCCCCAGCUCGCAAGAGUCUCAUCAUCACCAAAGCUAGUCCACCCAAAGCCGAAGUCGGUUCUGAUCAGGAGUCGGAGAACGGACUUCACGUCGAGGCGAAGCUCGGAGCGGCGGGUGGAAGCGACAUGCCCAAAAUACCCAAAAGUCUGACAGUGAUACCUCAAACAGUUACUAAAAGGGUAUUGCGGCCUUCGAGUCCAGCUCUACUCAACAAGAGCAAACCGAAUUCAUGAUUAUUCCAAACGCUGUAUACGUACUGAAUACAUAUACAAAACAAGCAACAAAAACUCUCGGUAUAAUCAAAGAAAAAAAAUAGAUACGAAGAAGUAAAGGAAUAGAAGAAG